GCCGCGGGAUCAGCUGGGCCAAGAUGGCGACGAUGAGGAGAGCGCUUCCUGGGCGACUGGUGGGCUUGGCGUCCCUCCGGGCUGUCAGUACUUCAUCUAUGGGCACUUUCCCGAAGCAGGUGAAAAUCGUAGAAGUUGGUCCCCGAGAUGGACUACAGAAUGAAAAGAAUAUCGUACCUACUCCAGUGAAAAUCAAGCUCAUAGACAUGCUUUCUGAAACAGGACUUCCAGUUAUAGAAGCCACCAGCUUUGUGUCUCCCAAGUGGGUUCCCCAGAUGGCUGACCACACUGAAGUCUUGAAGGGCAUUAAGAAGUUUCCCGGCAUCAACUACCCAGUCCUGACCCCAAAUUUCAAAGGCUUUGAGGCAGCGGUCGCUGCGGGAGCCAAGGAGGUAUCCAUCUUCGGAGCUGCCUCAGAGCUCUUCACCCGGAAGAACAUCAACAGCUCUAUAGAAGAGAGUUUCCAGCGAUAUGAUUCAAUCAUGAAGGCAGCCCAGGCCAAGGGCAUUCUUGUGCGGGGGUACGUCUCCUGUGCACUUGGCUGCCCCUAUGAAGGGAAGAUCUCCCCGGCUAAAGUAGCUGAGGUCGCCAAGAGGAUGUACUCAAUGGGCUGCUACGAGAUCUCCCUGGGGGACACCAUUGGUGUGGGCACCCCAGGGGCCAUGAGGGACAUGCUGACUGCUGUCAUGCACGAGGUGCCUCUGGCUGCCCUGGCUGUCCACUGCCAUGACACCUAUGGCCAAGCCCUGGCUAACACCUUGAUGGCCCUGCAGAUGGGAGUGAGUGUUGUGGACUCUUCUGUGGCAGGACUUGGAGGCUGCCCCUAUGCACGGGGGGCAUCAGGAAACUUGGCCACUGAAGACCUGGUCUAUAUGCUAUCUGGCCUGGGCAUUCACAUGGGUGUGAAUCUCCAGAAGCUCCUGGAAGCUGGGGACUUUAUCUGUCAAGCCCUGAACAGGAAAACCAACUCCAAAGUGGCUCAGGCUAGCUGUAAACUGUAAGACCCUGAGUCACAUGAAGCCCUGGGGUCUAGUGAAAUGGUACACAGGUGUUUCAUGGAGGAUGGGAACAUGGAAAUGAGAAUGAGAUUUAAAAGGAGCAGGCACACCACAGCCAGCUCUGCCUAGAGGUGUCUGCUGGCAGACGGGAGGUGAGGAGCUGAAGAACCAGUCCUCAGUAUGGGUGAAGGGCCUUGGAGAGGCUGAACUCUCCCUUCACUGUGGCCCCAGUGGUCCUGCAAUUCAAUGCCUGAGGGCCAGGGGAGCCCCAUUCCCUGUUUGGUAUGAUCCUCAAGGCUCCUCUGUGGAUGACAUCUGCCAGCUGACUACCUUCUCUACCUUUCACACUGCCAUGGCCUUGGGGCCCCUGUUGUCUGGCUCCUUAGAGCAGGGGGCAUGGAGGAGAUUGUCCCCCACGCUGGCAGAGGGCAUUCACAAAGUGAGGGCUAAGCUGCUGUGGUGGCCAUCUGCCAACUCCAGCAUCUCUGGAAAAUCUGUAUUCUGGGCAUGAUUUUUGAAAACAGCUUAUGUAAUUAAAGGUGUAAUGACAGAACCA